AUGAAGACAUCACCCUUCGACCGGGCGCUGAUUAUCUGCUUCGGAAGUUACGCUACUGCAAAACCCAGUGGUCUAUCUUAUGGACAAGGUCUUUCAGCUCCUGAGCUACUACCCACAAAUCAUCGCCAGGCAUCGGGUAAAGACAUCAUGACGACAGUGGGUUAUGUAAUGAAGCGUUCUCGGGAAGAAGAUUUUGCCAAGAGAGGCGCCUUCCCAUUUUGUCCAACAGAAAAUGGAUUGAUAUUUUUGCCCCUUAAUUAUGAACUACACAUAUCAUCUCAGCUGCAAGAAGUCGAUGCAAUUCUUCACAAAGCAACUGAUGAGAUUAUGGCUGUUGAAAUGGGAAGUCCUGCAGAAUCUGCUAAAAAAAAUACUUUUACAAGAAAUAUGGAGGAAUUGCAAAGGUAUAUUGAAUGCCAAUCAGGAUGCUGUGUAAUUGACCCUUUCAGUUACAUUCACCCUGUAUUGGACCGGCACAAAAUUCAGCAGAUUCUACUUGGUUUGGAAAAUCUCAAAAUAAAAGGCCACUGUAAAAUUAGGUGCUCCCAUUUUCUCAAGGUUGAUUGCUUUAAUGAGCGCAAUUUAUGGUCAAACCUCAAGUUGCAUGUGGUGUAG